AUGGCGCCGAGUAAAGAUUGGAUGGACCUAGUAGAUGAUGAUAGACUUGAUCCAAAAUGUAAAGAAGGGGUAGAUCAGUUUUUAGACUAUGCAUAUGAGAAGCUGUUGGAUAGUUUUAAUGAAAAUGAUGAAGACUUUGAAAUUCGAUGUCCAUGUAUUAAAUGCAACAAUGUGAAGUCUGGUAAUCGUGAGUCGGUAAGGACCCACUUGAUUGUUCAUGGAAUUAUUAAAAACUACAGAUUUUGGUGUCAUCACGGCGAAAGACAGGGUGAGUCCAUUUCGGAGUUUGAUGAAGAACAAGAAGAAAUGACAGAAGAAAGCCAGAGUGACGAUGAAAUGCAAGAAAUGAUUGGAGAUUUAUUUCAUAAUUCAACUGGCGUUGUUGCACCUAAUGCCACGUCGAGUCAGGAUAUUCUUGAGCAGGAACCAGAUGGACAUGCAAAACAAUUCUACAGUCUUUUAGGUGACUCCAAGAAACCUUUGUAUGAAGGCUCUAAAUGUUCAAAGUUAUCUGCUUUAGUGAAACUACUUCACAUAAAGAGCCUAAAUAGGUGGAGUAAUAAAUCAUUCUCAAUGUUGCUCCAGUUUUUGAAUGAGGAGCUAUUGCCAGGGGAAUCAACACUGCCUAAUUCAUAUGACGAGGCCAAAAAAUUAAUCCGAGACCUUGGCCUAUCAUAUGAAAAAAUUGAUUCGUGUCCAUUCUCUUGCAUGCUGUUUUGGAAAAAUGAAGAAGGUCUUGAUACGUGUCAGAGAUGUGGUGCUUCUAGAUGGAAACUUGAUAAACAUGGAAAAGAGAUCAAGCGAAAGGCAAAUGGUAAAAAAAUACCACAAAAGACAUUGCGAUAUUUUCCUCUUAAGCCACGAUUGCAAAGGCUUUACAUGUCUUCGAAGACAGCUUCUGAUAUGAGAUGGCACCAUGAAAGACAAGUUGAGGACGGAGUGAUGAGGCAUCCAGCUGACUCUAAGGCUUGGAAAAACUUUAAUGAGCUACAUGAAAGCUUUGCCGAAGAGCCCCGAAAUGUUAGGCUCGGUCUUGCAAGUGAUGGUUUCCAGCCUUUCACAAAUUCAAAAGUUUCUUAUAGCAUAUGGCCCGUUUUACUUGUACCAUAUAACUUACCACCAUGGAUGUGCAUGAAGCAAUCUAAUUUUAUUUUAUCUAUGCUCAUUCCUGGUCCAACUGGUCCUGGAGAUGCUAUUGACACCUACUUACAACCAUUGAUAGAAGAACUAAAGGAGUUGUGGGCCUCAGGCGUUCGAACAUAUGAUGUAUCUCUGAGACAGAAUUUCAUUUUACGUGCAGCACUAAUUUGGACUAUUAAUGAUUUUCCUGCUUAUGCAAAUUUAUCUGGAUGGAGCACUAAGGGGAAAUUAGCAUGUCCUUGUUGUAAUAAGCACACUCACUCUAUCAGGUUAAAAUAUGGAGGCAAGCAGAGCUAUAUGGGGCAUCGUCGCUAUCUUGAUGAAAAUCACAGUUGGAGAAAGGAUAAGAAAUCAUUUGAUGGCACUAGGGAGAGAGGUUAUGCAGCGCCGAAGCUGACAGGAGAUGACAUCCUUAAGCAGAAUAUUUGUGAUAGUCUGCUGGGAACAAUCAUGAACAUUAAAGGAAAGACAAAGGAUAAUAUCAAAGCCCGUCUCGAUUUACAACUAUCUGGUUUAAAACCGGAGUUACAUCCAAUCCAGAGAGGAGAUAAACUUGUGAUGCCAGCAGCUUGUUAUACUUUAUCCCAAGAAGAGCAAAGCAAAUUUUGUCGAUUUCUAAAGGAGUUAAAAGUUCCAGAUGGAUUUUCAUCCAAUAUUUCUCAAUGUGUAAAUCUUAAAGAGCGUAAGAUUUUGGGGUUAAAGAGUCAUGAUUGUCACAUUCUUUCGCAGCGCUUGAUUCCUGUAUCGAUUCGUGGCCUUCUUCCUGCAAAAGUGUGUGAACCAAUUAUUGAACUUUCCAUAUUCUUCACUAUAUUAUGUGCCAAGACAUUAAGGGUGGAUGAACUUAAGCAAAUUGAUGAGCAGAUUCCACUUACGUUAUGUAAGCUUGAGAAGAUUUUUCCACCUUCAAUUUUUGAUGUUAUGCUGCAUUUAGUAGUUCAUUUAGCAUCUGAAGCCAUACUUGGAGGGCCUGUUCGAUUUCGAUGGAUGUACCUAGUGGAGCGUCAGCUUUAUACUUAUAAGUCAUAUAUCAGAAAUAGGGUAUGUCCAGAAGGGUCAAUUGCUAAAGGAUAUAUAGCAGAUGAAUGCAUGACACUUUGCUCAAGGUAUCUAAAAGGCUUCGAGACAAAGUUUAAUCGCCUUGAAAGAAAUUAUGAAGAUGACAAUAGAGAAUGUCAUGAAGCACAUCUAUCUAUAUUCAGACAUAGUGGGAGGGCAUUGGGUGCUGCCACCACCCGCUACCUUGAUGAACGUGAGUGGUUGCAAGCUCAUAUUUAUGUUCUAAAGAACUGUGAUGAAGUGCAACCACACAUUGAGGACUACAAUGAAUUCGUGAGAGAACCCACAAAUCACUAUGAUGAUAAAGAUUGGGAUAAGAACUUUAUUGAGUGGUUCCAAUCUCUAGUUUAUCAGAGUUAUCGAGAAGAUGAUGACUUACUUUCAUUAUCUCUUGGUCCAAUUGUUGGUGAUGCUGGUAAUGGUGGAGAUAUAGAUUAUUAUGGUGCUUUGGUUGAAGUUGUCGAAUUAGAGUAUCUUGGUGGAAGAAAUGUUGUUCUAUUUCGUUGUAAGUGGUGGGAUGUGCAUGGCAAAGGAAAAGAGACAGCUUUGAAAGAAGACAAAUAUGGAUUUAUUAGUAUUAACUGCCGACACUUGCUAAAAACGAAUGACCACUUUAUACUUGCUGGCCAAGCAUCACAAGUUUUUUAUGUUGAGGAUAUUGCCAAUGAAGGUUGGCAUGUAGUUCUUAAAGCACAACCCCGUGAUUCAUAUGAUAUGCCACCAGAUACAGAUGAUUAUGAGAUAACAGACGAUGGAGUUGAAGCUUAUUUGCAAGAUGAAUCAUUUGAUGCUCAGGCUAUUACAUACACAUCAUUGGUAGAUGAUGAUAUCAAUUUGAGAAGGGGCGAUAUUGAUCCAAUUAUUACAUAUGAUGUUUCUUUUCUUCCUAUUUUGAAUUUGGCUUCGACAUUGCAGCAAGAAAAUGAAAACUCAAGAAGUCACUUCCAAAAGCAAAAGGGCACAAUUUCUAUAGGAAGCGACUUCAAGCAAUUGCAGAAAAUUCAUUAA